UACUUGUAGCUGUUACUACAAAUCUCUUAAGCUCUAAGAUAUGCUUUGUUGUAUUAUAAGAUUAUUUAUUACUCUUGCUACUGUUAAUGCAAGCAGUACAUUAUAUGUGACUGGCUCUGGACUUUUGGUCAGUAUAUCACAUGAUCAAAAUGUAAUUAGCCAGAAAGUGUAAACAUUGAAUGGCAAAUAGCGACUAAAAGCCCAUGUCUUGCAAUAACAAACCAUCUUGUGUCAUCCGCACUCUGUGUUCCUGACAACCCAAGUCAAUCCCCACACGCACCACUCCACCUGCCUGAGAUGGCCGCCUCACCAGUGGCCGGUGCUGGCAGGCACAGGACGCCCGCUGACCGACCGGCCGGCCCCUGAGCGCCGUCGGCCGCCAUGGACCCGCUGGCCGGCGGCGGCAUGGAGCUGGCCGAGCCGCCGUCCGUGGUCGGCCUGCACGUGGACGCCGACGAGCUGACCAUGGACGAGGAGCGCGGCGUUGAGCUGGUGGACGCCGGCCCCCAGCAGGACUGGUGCCACGUCUCGCAGGCGCCCAUGCAGGUGGUGCGGAUCCUGAGCGCGGACGGUGAGGAGCUGCAGAUGCUCUCCACCGACUACCACAACAUGGACGGUCACCCCGUCACCAUCCUGCCGGACGACUCCGGCCAGUACGGCUCGCUGGGCGUGGAGCUGCAGGGCUCGUCUGCGCAGGACCACCGGCCGGGCAUGGUGGAGCCAUCACUCACCAUACAGCUAGACAUUCCGUUCAUGACGGCCGAGAACCAGCACGACCCGGAGGUGCAGUUCUUCGCCGACAUCUACCGCUACCUGGUGGCCGGCGUGGCCGCCAACUCCUCUGAGGCCAACCUCAAGAGUCUCAAGAAGAAGCUCAAGGAGUACGCGGUGCUGGAUGGACAGCUGUACUAUGGCAGCCGCAACCCGCGCCUCAUCGUACUGGACAAGCUGCGGCAGAGGGAGAUCCUCCAAGAGCUGCAUGUGGACCCGGCCACCGGCAUCCACCUGGGCGUGAAGCGCAUGUACGCGGCCAUCAAGUACUACUGGCGCGGCGUGUACAACGACCUGACGCAGCACGUGCGCGUGUGCGGCGCGUGCUUCGAGGCCGAGAAGCUGGCGCGGCCGCCGGGCCUGGAGAUCACCUCGCUGCCGGACCAGCAGGCGGCGGCGCAGCGGCAGGAGCGCGUGGGCGCGCCGCCGCCAGAGGCGCGCACCAAGGCGCAGGUCAUGACGGACCGCGCCACGCGGGUCUGGAAGAAGGUGGAGGCGCGCGUGUACGGGCCGUACCACCGCUCCGAGUCCGGCAGCGAGUACCUGCUGGGCCUGGUGGACCCCGUCUCGCGGUGGAUCGAGGCGCUGCCCGUACCCGCCAGCGACAACUGCGUCCGGCUCGCCGACUUCAUCUUCCGCACCUUCUGCACGCUCGGCUUCGCGCAGUGCGCGCUGGUCGGUGUUACCGAGCGCGAGUUUGAGGCCAUGCAGGACAGGUACAAGGGCCGCUUUGAGCGUAUGCAGGAGAUCUUCCAGAAGUUGGAGCAGCCCAACACGGAGCACAGCUUCGUCUUCACCCUGCAGGAGUCGUCGCCAGAGUGCUCGUGGGCAACGGAAAUGAUCGACGAAUUCGUGGAGCAGCACGGCGACCAGUGGGACCAGGAGCUCGAGUCCUUCCUCUUCGGCUACCACGCCACACCACGCGCCGACUACGGCUUCUCGCCGUUCUACAUCAUGUACGGCCGCAACUCCAACGGUGCGGUGUCGGAGGAGGACAAGGAGAACUGCACGAUCCUGGAGGAGGAGAAGGCCCUGGACGCUCCAGUCCGCCCCCGCCGCCGGCUCCAGAGCAGCACACUACAGUGCCGCCACUGCAGCGAGAUCUUCACCUCCAAGAUCUCGUUCCGGAUCCACCAGCGCAAGCACACGGAGGAGGCCAAGAAGCUGGGCGUGCUAGACGGCGAGGAGCCGCUGCGGCCAGUCGCCAUCGAGAAGAAGCUGCUGAAGAGGGCGGUGAAGCGCAAGCAGCGGCGGCCGGCGCGGCCUGGCGCGCGCGUCAGCCACCACCAGCCGCGGCCGGGGUGGACCGAGGAGCCGCCGCUGGCCGCCGGUGACGCCGCCCAGCGUCAGCAGCUCACCAGCAGCACCGUGCACGCGGUACGUCAGCUCAUCGAGGCCACCCGCGACGAGCGCUCGCGCCGCGGCAAGUAUAUCAAGUACAGCGAGGAGCUGCGCGACGAGAUCGCCGAGUACGCGCUGCGCCACGGCCAGCAGGAGGCGGCGCGCUAUUACUCGCAGUGUCUGGGCGGCCAGGUGAGCCUCAGCUCCAUCCGCAACUUCAUCAAGGCGUACCGCGUGUUCUCGCCCGAGGUCAAGGACGAGAUCGGUCGGUACGCGCUCGAGUACGGCGCUGAGGAGGCGACGGCGCACUUCAGCGCCAAGCUCAACCGCGACCUCAAGGUGGGCGUGGUGAAGAAGUACAUGAAGACGUGCCGCGGCAAGCUGCAGGAGUGCGAGGAGGAGAGCGACGGUCGCAAGCCCAAACACACGUUCACAGCGCAGCUGAAGGAGGAGAUUGGCCGCUACUCGCUGCAGUACGGCAUCGCCGACACCAUCCACCUGUACUCGGAGAAGCUGCAGUUCCCCAUGAAGGAGAGCACGGUGCGCAAGUUCCGCAAAAUGGUGCUGGAGAGCGAGUCGAAGGAGGAGGCGGUGACAUUGGCCGUCCCGUCGACAGCGCAGCCGGCUUACGCCGAGGCGCCGGUCGAGAUGCAGCUGGCGCAGCAGGUGAACGUCAUCAGCCAGCCGGUGAGCGUGGCGCCCAGCUACGUGUACAACACGUACACGAUCCCGGCCAGCCAGGCCGGCCAGACGUUCGCCUACCCGCAGGCGGGCAGCAUCCUGGUGAACCCGUACUCGCAGCCGCCGCCGAGCUACCAGCCUUUCUCGUGCGCGCCGGCGCCGGCGCCGCAGACGUCCGCCUACAUCAGCAACCCGAUGAUCCCAGUGAUCCAGCAGGCGCCGUCGGCGGCCGUGCAGCAGCAGCAGUACGUGCCGCAGCUGAUGGAGCACCUGGACAUGCGGCCGGAGGCGGCGUACGCGCGUCAGGACCCGCUCGAGCUGGCCACCUCCGAGGCGAACAUCCCGGGGGCUUACGGCGUGCCGGCGGCGUCGGCGCACGCGGCCGUGCCCAUGGUUGGCGCGCACGGCGUCGACCGCAAGCGCGGCAACUACGCCUCGUACAGCCCCGAGAUCCGCGCCGAGAUCGGCCGCUACGCGUACGAGCACGGCAACCACGCGGCCACGCAGCACUUCCGCGGCAAGCUCGGCUGCGACCUGCCGGAGAGCACGGUGCGCGGGCUGAAGGAGAAGUAUAUCGUCAAGCUGCGCCGCAACGACGCUGACGAGGUGACGGCGCUGGGGUUCGCGCAGCGUGGCCGCCCCAUCCGGCUUGGCAAGUACGACCGGCUGGUGCAGGACUGCAUCCGGGAGCUGGUGGCGCAGGGCGAGAAGGUCUCCAGCUUCCUCUGCAUCGCCACGGCCAAACAGGUGCUGAUGCAGCACGAGCCGGACCUGCUGGACGAACGCGGCGGCCCGAUCAAGCUGAACCCCACCUGGGCUAAGUCGUUCCUCAACCGGCUGGGUCUCAACCAGCACAACUCGUGAAGCCCGGAGGCGCUGGGACGGCUGCGGUCAGGCUGGGCGAGAGGCGAGGAGGGUGUGGAUAAGGACAGUGUAGGGCAGGGAUGGGAGUGGGCUGUACCCAGCGGUACGUCUGUACCAAGUGGUACGACUGGGCUGUACCUAGCGGUACGUCGUCGUGCGGGUCGGUUGUCUGCUUCCCUCCUCGCGACCCUUAUGUUCUGUGGCAUCACUGACUCCCUGUUCUAGGUUGACCUUUAAUGUGCCGCGCUUGUGUCUGGUGACCUUGGUACGGGCUCGGUGUCAGCGAGCCGGUGUUGUGGGACAGUUUCAGCUCGUUUACCAGUUCGUAUAUUGCGGUACCAUCUCCUAGCUCACAGUACAAAGGCUUGUUUGUCUACGUUUUGUCUUUUGGCCUUGUGAUGUGCCCGACCUACCCUGUGUCUGGCUUCAAGCCGUGCUAAUCUGACUGGUUCUGUUCGUGCUUCGUCUCAAAGCCAGCUGAUCUGCCCGGCCUUAUCUGCGUUUCGUCUCGAGGAUUGAUCUGCCUGGUCUUGUGUACUUUUCGUCCCGAGGCUCGGUGGUUUGCCUGGUCGGCAAGCUGAGACACGGCGCCCCUGUGUCCUCCCACCGACUGUAGCGAAGCCGUGCCACCGGCUUCCCGCCAUACUCGCCACUGGUUGUGAACUCGCGCGUCUGCAGUGCGCGCCGCCGCCGCUCGACCCGGUGGCGCUGGCGUCGGCUGCAUAUCAGAGAUUCGAGCUUGAGACGCCGGUUCGUCCGUGGGCGGAUCUCUCGGAAGUGAUUGGGCUGUAAGGUGUAUUUUCGUAUGAAUAUAUUUGCAUGACACAGCGCUGUGGUUUGUCAGGAGACAGCAUGUCUAACGUGGGGUGCCUGUGGCAUAGGUGAACAACCAUUAAGGUGCAGCAGAACACAAGCGCACAUUUUACGCAGGGGGUCCUCAGUGGCAUUGUGUGGUCUCAGCUCGAGGGGUCUGGAAACACAUCAAGACAAACAGAGCAUCGCUCUCAUGGCACCUACACGUCAUCAAUGUCUCACGACGACUCGGAAGCACUGCCGUGAUGCUUGCUGGGAGGCACUGAUACACCAGCCAAUGUAAGGUUAUUGGAAAGUAGGCCGUAACUGUAGUGCGAUGCUGAGCAUGCGUCUCCAUCCUCCGAACCUGAUUCAGGAUGAGGAUGGCGCAUACAAAUUGACACAAAUUACAGAAGAUGGUUGACAUGAGAAUUAAACGGACAAGAGAAGAGGGCAUGCACUUUCACGAUCGAUUUUACUCACGCAUAAGAAAAAAAACAUUUUGCCACGCACGCAGUU